AUGCCUCACAAACACAAAAGAGAUAAGUCCAAAAGUGACGCUUCAUUCUACGACCUUCCCCCAACCAAGACCGCCCAUCCUCUGCCGGUGAAGAAGCUCAUAACCACCAUUGGAAAGUCUGGCACCAAGUCUGCCAAACGAAAACAUGCUCAGAUGCAAGAUGACACCCCUAGAGCCUUUACCCGCCUUCUCGGCGACUACCGCCCUCCUCGCUCUGGUCUCGAUGAUGGCAGGAAACCCUCCAAGAAGGCCCGCAAAGAGUCCAAACUUGAAUCUAAACCUGGCACUGCAAUCCGUGCACCCGCGCCGGCAGCGAUGCCAACUAUACAGCCACGCGAACCCCUGUCAUCUUUUGCAGCCCGUGUAGACGCUGCACUGCCGUUUUCGGGAUUAUCAAAAAGGGGUGGCGUAGUCAAAGAGGACGUGAGGGAGAGACAGACAAAGACUGAGCGCAAGAUGCAAAAGAUGCAACAAGAUUGGAGGGAAGAGGAUCGUAGGAGGAAAGAGAAGCUGGAGGAAGAAGGAGAUAAGGAUGUGGACGAGGAGGGUCAGGACGGGUUGGUGAAAAGUACGACUAAGGGAAAGAGGAAGGGCGGGAAGAAGAGAAGAAAAGGGGGCGACCAGGGUGGGGACAUUGAUGACGACGACGACGACCCAUGGGCACAUAUCGCCGCCAAGCGACUCGAAGAGAACGAUGCAGAGACAGCUUCUAGGUCUGGAGCAGGCUUGAUUGGGUUACAUGAUGUGGUUCUUGCGCCACCAACAUUUUCCAGGGUGCCAAAGGGGAAAGCAGAUCUUAGCAUCAAAAAAGGGGUAGGAGGAUUGAAAAGGCAACAGGAGUUGUCCGAAGCAAGGAUGACCGUUGUCGAGGGUUAUAGACAGAUGAUGCGGGGAAAGCGAGGGGAAGGAGGGUAG